AUGUUGUUGGGCGUUCUCGGCCGUGCGGCUAUAGAAGGGAUUACCAUGCUCAAGAAGGGGAAACUGGUGUCGCCCUCGGGGCAAGAACUCGUGGACUGCGACGUCAAUGGUAUCGACCAAGGCUGCGAGGGUGGCCUCAUGGACAGCGCCUUCCAGUUUAUCAGAAGCAAGGGCGGCCUCACGAGCGAGGUGAACUACGCUUACCAGGGGGUCGACGGGACCUGCAGCACUGCCAAGACAGUGAACAUCGCGGCCUCAAUCACCAGAUACCAGGACGUGCCGGCCAACAACGAGAAGGCCCUCUUGCAGGCCGUGGCGAACCAGCCGGUCUUGGUGGCGAUCGAGGGGAGCGGGUUCUCUUUCCAAUUCUACUCGGGCGGGGUGUUCACGGGCUCGUGCAGGACUAGCCUUGACCAUGCCGUCACAGCAGUCGGGUACGGCACGUCCUCUGGUGGGACCAAGUAUUGGCUGCUGAAGAAUUCGUGGGGCACCGGGUGGGGCGAGAGCGGGUACAUGAGGAUCCUGAGGGACGUGAGCUCUAAGACCGGUCUCUGUGGUCUUGCCAUGGAAGCUUCUUACCCAACCGCAUGAUACUAGCUUAUAUACGUCGUACCGGUUCUUAGCCUCACUCAAACAUAUGAAACGAUGUCUUAGGGCCCCUGCAAAAGAAGCAAGUGUAAGUGAUAAUACGUCACUAGGGGAUGGUGUGUCCUACAUAAAAAAACUGUUAUACCGUUAGCAAAAUUAAGGGCCUGCCAAUUAAAUUUGGUACUAAGUAUUCAAAUGAUUGCACUAUACAGUAUAAUGAAUGGAAUAGUUUAGUCAGCGUGAUUUUAAGUCUUGAAUUGUGUCCAAGCAUGCCAUGAAGCUGAAGAAACGUCAUUUGAGACAAUAUAUUACGUCAGCCAAUCAUCUCUCAGUUGGAAACACCUUUGCAGGGGAAAAAUGAUGGAAAACGAAAUGUCCUCCUGUGAUGUGUUUUGCUUGAUAGACUU